GAACCACCAGUUGCAUGAUGUCGACGCCCGCGGGCGGGUCCGUGCGCCGUGACGUCUCCAAAGCGGGCUGGACUCGGGGAGAACUCAAGACGAUGGGGAUUGUACAGCGGAGCGGUGGAGGCGGUUUUGGUAAAGUGCUGUCGGUCUGGCUGUCAGCUUGAUGAUAGCGCUGCGGAGGCUUGGCUGAAGAGCUGCGCGCAGCAUGGGUACCGGGGAUUACAUCUGCGUGACGCUGCGUGGUGGUGCACCCUGGGGAUUCACCCUGCGAGAAGGAGAGGGGGACACCCACAGACCUUUCCUAAUUUCCCAGGUAGAAGACGGUGGCCGCGCUUUCCUGGCUGGAGUGCAGGAAGGUGAUGAGGUAGUUUCACUCAACGGGGAGCCAUGUGCUGAUCUCACCCUUUUACGGGCCUUUGCCCUCAUCGAAACAUCAACCGACUGCAUGCAGCUGCUUCUCAAAAGAUACUGCACCAUUCCCCCUGUAGACUAUGAAUCAGAAGAGACAUACUGUGGUGAGAGGGAAUCUUCAGCCGAUGUUUUAGCGAGCACCACCCUCCACAUCUUCUCCCCAAAGCACAGGUCCCAAAGCCCAAGGGAACUGUACAUAUCUGAGUCCCAGGAUGAGGCCUACUACGACACUGACACAGAGUUCCCCAAGGAACCCCAGCAGUUCUCUGAUGGUCAGCGAGGCCCAGCGCCUGUUUUUAAGGAAAAAGGAGUACAGCGGUGCUUCUCCCCUGGGGACAUGGUUGAGGUCCAGGUAUCCCUGUCCGAGCAAACGCUGGAUGACCUGGGGAGCGCCUCUCUUGGGAGUGCUCGUGGGAUUGCGGGGGGAAUCUCAAACAGAGAGGCUGUUGAGACUAUCCACACGUCCACCAUAUCGCAGUGUCUACCAUGCUCUGUCCGAGAGCCACUCGGGCAGCAUGGGUUGGUGCUCGGCUCCCCUUCGAAGCUGGGGCAGGUGGAGGUCAUUUUGCAGCAGCCGUCAGCAUCCGGAGCAGGGAGGGGCAUCCUGAGUGUGGGUGGCCCCAGGGUCAGUGGAAGUGUUGCAUCCCAAAGUGAAGGAGAAGAAGAAGGAGGAGGGCACUGCGAGGGAGUUCCUGGGUCUUUUACGGUCUCAUUUGGAAUUCCCACAGAAGAGGCGUCAGCAGCAGGAGAGCAGGACUCUGAUUCCGAAGGGGAUCCAGACAAACCGAACAAGCAUCGGGCAAGGCAUUCCAGGCUCAGGCGUAGUGAGAGUCUGUCUGAGAAGCAGGUGAAGGAGGCCAAGUCCAAAUGUAAACGUAUUGCUCUCCUCCUUACGGCUGCUCCGCCCAACCCAAACAACAAGGGGGUGUUGAUGUUCAAGAAACAUCGGCAGAGGGUCAAGAAAUACACUCUUGUGAGCUACGGCACUGGAGAAGACGAACCAGAGAACAGUGACGAAGGGGACGAGGAAAUCGAAGACGAGAAACAACAAACACAUACUGUUGAAUUUACCCUUGUGGGUUCUAGCGAUUCUGAAAUAGAUAAGCAUUUCCUCACUAAUGCCCAUAGUAGCAAAGGUGUGCUAACUAUCAACUGGGACAAGGGUCUCCUUGAGAUUGAAAGGAACCUGAACAACCAAGCAGAGAUGGAAUGUUUGCCUGAAACCAAGGGAAAGGGUGCUGUAAUGUUUGCCCAACGGCGCCUGAGGAUGGAUGAGAUAGCUGCUGAACAUGAGGAGCUUAGGCGCCAGGGUAUUCCUGUGGAAGGAGUGCCGGAGACUGAAAAGAAGACAGUGGAGCACUCCUACAUGCAGUCAGCAACAGAGGGUCAUGCUUACAUGGAUGUAAAUAUACCCCAGCAAAGCCAACAGCAACACCAGUACCAGCAAUACCAAGAACAGCAGUAUUAUGAGCAACAACAGAGCUACCAACAGCAACAACAGAGCUACCAACAGCAACAACAGAACUACCAACAGCAACAACAAAACUAUGAACAGCAGCAACAGUAUCAGCAACAGCAGUAUGAACAGCAGCGUUAUCAACAGCAGCAAAUGUAUCAGCAGCAGCAAGAGUAUAAUCAAGAGCACCAGCAAAUGCAGCACCUUUCUGCAAACAUCAAUGGCACAGUCCAAUAUCAAACCAAUGAAAUGCAGAGUUCGUUAAGCAAUCGUACUGCAAAGCCUUUCUUAGUUGAAAACAUGGCGGCUACCCCUUAUUCUCCCGUAAUUAGUGGGACCAAUCAAGAUUCUGAGGGCCCAGGAGAGCAGAUAGCUUCACGCGAUGAGCGCAUUUCUACCCCUGCAUUUAGGAGUGGCCUUCUGUUUGAUGGAAGGAGAAAAAAUACUGGCAAGCCAAUGUUCACAUUUAAGGAAGCCCCAAAAGUAUCCCCUAACCCAGCAUUACUGAACCUCCUCAACAGAAGUGAUAAGAAGUUGGGUUUCGAGUCAGGACCUGAGGAAGACUACCUUAGCCUUGGGGCUGAGGCUUGUAAUUUCCUCCAGUCUACACGAGUUAAACAUAAGACUCCUCCACCAGUGGCUCCAAAGCCUGUGAUCAACCCCAACUCUCCUCCAUGGUCCCCACAGAUAGAAAUGAACAACCAGGACAUGGCUUUGCAUGCUGAAAAUAGUGUAUCCGCACCUGCUGUAGCCCCCACCACAGACACUAUUGCUGCUCCAGAGCUGGAAUCAGCCCCUGCACCUGCUCCUGAGCCCUCUCCCCCUCCUGCCGCCCAGGAGGCUCCUGCCAGCACUACCACAGAGGAGCAGCACACGUGGUCUCUCCCAGAGCAUGAAUCUCAACAUCAGCCUCUGCAAGUGACAGCUCAGGAGGAAAAUCGUCAUAUUAAUUCUACUCUGCAACCAGAGCCUGCUCCUGUGAUUACUUGGGCUGCAGGACAAUCACAAUUACAACAGCCAUCUACCAAUUCCUGGAAACAGGGUCAAGUGCAACCCCAGGAACCACCUCCAAGUCAGUCCCCACCACAGCUACCUUGGGUGACACGGCAAACUACUCAGACCCAUGCCCAGCCUCAACCCCCCACAAACACUUGGCCCCCUCAAAUUCAGCCAUCCUGGAGUCAGCCUCAGGAGCAAGCACAAGCCCAGACGCUGGCCCAGCCUCCCUGGGCACAGCCUCUAGAGCAAACACAGCCUCAGCCACAGGUUCAGCCACAGGUUCAGCCGCAGGUUCAGCCGCAGGUUCAGCCACAGGUUCAGCCACAGGUUCAGCCUCCCUGGGCACAUUCUCAUGAGCAGCCACACAUGCAGCAGAUGCAACCAACUUGGGGUCAGCCUCAAGAACCAAUGCAGCAGCAGGCCCCAUGGGCACAGCCAUUAGAAACAGAUACUCAGCAACAACCACCAUGGAUGCAACCUACCCAGCAGAAAUCUCAAGUACAACCUCCCUGGGUUCAGCUGGAAUCCCAGCCACAGCCGCCAUGGGUUCAGCAAUCACAACAACAGGCUCCACAACAAGCAUGGCCACAGGCCCAAGCACCAGGUCAAUCUCAGCCACCUUGGGUCUCAGCUCAGCCUCAACAGACACAGCAACCUUCAAUUAAUGCAUGGCCCCCAUCACAAGCUCAAGCCCAAGCCCAGCCACCUUGGAUGGCCCAAGCACAACAUCAAGUGCAGCCUCAAGCCAAUUUGAAUCCGUGGGCACCAGCACCUGCCCAGGUUCCGUCCCAACCAUCAUGGGCCCAGCACUGUCCAGAACAUGGUCAGAACGCAAUGAAGUCUUGGCCCCAAGAGCAAAAUCAGGCCCAAAAUCAACCACCUUGGGCUCCACCCCAGGCCACACCACAACCAAACUGGCAACCAUCUACUUCAACAACUCCACCACAGCCAUCAAUGAAUACAGCCUGGCCUCCAGCUCAGACACAACCUCAGACACUAGUGAGUGCUUGGGCACCAGAGACGCAGCAAACACCUGUGAAUGUAUCCACAUCAAUGGUUAACACUCGUCCUUCUCCCAAACCUUGGCAAACACCACAAAAUGCCCCACAAAACCACACCCCACCACCUCCUCCACAACGAAUGCACUCUUUUACUAUUGGUCAAAGAGCUUCAUCACCAAUCAACCCAAUGGCCACUACCUUAAAUCCAUCAUCUGCAGGUUCAGCUUUUGAGAUGCCAAUCGUCAGAGGCAAAGGAGCUGAUAUGUUUGCCAAGAGGCAGUCUCGUAUGGAGAAGUUUGUUGUGGACUCUGAUACCGUGGAAGCAAGCAAGGCAAGCCGGUCAACAUCUCCAGUCGCUUCCUUACCAAAUGAGUGGAAAUAUUCUCCAAAUGUACGUGCUCCACCGUCACGUGCAUAUAAUCCUAUGCAGUCCCCUUCUUAUCCCCCAGCAGCAACAAAGCAACCCCCUCAGGCACUUGGAAGGAGCUACUCCCUUUCCCCACCAGCCAGAAUACCAUCCACAGGCCAGAAGUCGGCUUCAACUUCUUCUUCCCAAAAGCCUCCAACAUGGGCCGCCAAAACUGUGGAGAAGGUCCACAAACCUCUUUCACCCUGGGAGGCCGCCUCCCGACACCCACUGGGCCUGGUGGAUGAAGCCUUUGCUAGCCAGAACCUCCACCAAACCCUCGCCUCAAACAUCCAUUUGGCAGCCCAGCGCAAAAUGCUGCCCGAGCCGCCAGCAGAGUGGAAGGCCGGGAUGUCUUACCAAGCCCCCCCGAAAACAGGCAGCCAGACUUGGAGCCAGAGUCAAAGCCGCAGUCACAGUCGGGCCCCACUGCCAUCAUUCGCGUCCCCAACAAAGGGUGGCGUCUCGUCCGCCGCUGGUCACGCUGGUUACAGGUCCCUGCCCAGACAGUGGCAGCCUCAGAGGUCUGUGACACAGGCCAACCGCGAGCCCCCAGUGUCUUCCUCUGACCAUAAGAGGCCCUUGGGAAAGCAAACAUACAAGUCCGUGUACACCAGCAACACUUGGAGUUGGAGACGGUAGGAUGCAGCUCAACCUUUGUGACCGUAACCUGUUCAAGUACAGUAAGAGCAUCGUCAAUAUCUAAACAAACCAUAUGGUGAGUGAGUAGUGAGCAAAUAAUGAAAUGGUCAUCUGGAAAGAUUGUUAGAGCUCACCUGGUUUCGAUGCUAGAACAUAAAAAAAAUGCUUUAUACUUUUUUUUUCUUUUAGGUUAUUAGUAUAACAGGAUUCCGAUGAGAUAUUUGCAUGCCGCAAUCAAAUGUGAUGAGUGAUGAUCACUCUGACAGUGUACGGAGAUCUCAAACAUGAUUUGAGCUACCUUUAUAAGUGACAGCUGUCGAGCUUGGUUAAUACACUGAAGUUGGACUGUAGAUUAUCAUAUAGAGCAGUACGAACGGAUGUAAUGAUAGGUGCUGAAUGAGUGGAGGUCUGGAUGUUUAUAUAGAAACAGUGUAUCUGUAGAUGACGAUAGCGGCUGACUCUUCAGUUACCCUUUCAGAAUGGACAAAAAGGUAACUGUGGUGUCCCGAGAAAGAAACCAGUGACCCACACAUCCUAUAGUAAGUUGCAAGUGGAGAUUGUCUCUUGAAUUAUGUUUUUGCUCGUGGAUUUGCUGUUCAUCCUGGUUGCGCUAUGUGUUGUGGAUGUAUGUAUUUUCAGCAUGCUAGUUAUUGCAGUGAGUGUGCACAUUGUUUUUUUCUUCUUCUUUUUCUUUUAGCUGGUUUAGUUUGAUCUUCAAUCUAUUCUAACUCCAGGCUGGUGUGACCAGGAGAUGAUUUCGCUGUCAGGGUGCAAUUAGUUUUGCAUUAGAAGUGAGGCUUUAAACUUGGCGAAAGGUUAGUUCCAUAACUCAGCGUGUUGUGGGCGGACGUGUUGUUACGUGAGCUCUAAUAAGUGAGAUUAAUUUAGCAGGUGAAUUUUAAUUAGUGCGCUGUUAGCAUAACACUAACUACUGAGAGCAAGAGAGAGGGAGGAUGAGAAGCCCCAAAAUGGGUCAGCUUUGUCAACUUUUCAGUUUCCCAACACUUUCUUUUUGUUGGGCCACCUAGAAAAACAAGUGAAUAGUUAAAACACAGCUGACUGUAUAUGGAAAAAAAUUUGGUUUGCAGUAUGUAGAAUGAUGGCGGUAUUUUAGUUGGGGGUUAAAGAAGGAUUAUGAAUCUAAUAAAUACAAAAACAGAGAAUUUGCUCAAAGCUUGUAUUUGGUUUGGGCUUUUGCUAUAGACUUGCGAUCAUCUCUAAAGAAUCAAAGUGUUUCCACAGUCUGUACAUAAUGUCCUAAUGUGAAUCUCACCAAGCAAUCUCAGAAACAUAAAUAAGACCGAUCUGACUCACAGAGCACCCUGACAUUCUGUAGUGUAUCUGAGAUAAGUUCACUGUAUUGCUUCCAUUCAAACACUUGUGCUUAUGAUACAAAAACAGUAAUCAAUACCUAUCUGUUCCAACCUAUUUCAGAUGUAGUUUCACAUUUUUUUAAAUAAAUACAUCAAAAUGGCACUAUUUCACAAA